CUUAUUUGUAAAGAUAAAUCUCCAGAAUUUACAUUUAAGCAUUAGCUUUCACUGGCUACAAAUUUGAUUGCAAAAAGAACCCAUUGAAAUCGGAAUAACAUUAACUGAAUUUCCCAACUCCAAAUUGUUAACACACACAUCAGAGCAAUGACUCAAGUUCGCUUACGCAGAGUGCAGAGACAAGCCGCCGAACUGGUGCGUGAUUUCUAUGAGUCACUGUUGCUGCUAACUCUCGGUCUGGCGAUGCAGUGGAAUCAAUGGCAUGUGCUACGCAUUUUGAAUGGCAACAGCCUGUCCGAAGAAGGCGAAGCGGCUCAGCCAGAGCCACGCAACUGGUCAGCAGUAUUUUUUACCAGCGGUCUAUUGUUAACCCUAUUACAUUAUCGGCCACAGUGGAUCAAAAGGCACUGUUCGCUGAUGCUGCGAAAGUUCUUGUUGCUGCCAGAGAUAUUCGGCCUUCUCUUUGUGGUCGACUAUGUGCUGCUCUCAAUGUGGCAGCCGCUGUUCAAUUGUUGCCAUCAAAUCAUGCAUAUGUUGGCCACUUCGCAAGGCAAUUGGUCAAGAUUCGUAUUUCACUUCUGUCCCAGUUGUUCGGCUUGGCUCAUCAAUGAUGCCGUCUACCUAAUGCGAUUCAUAAUCUCACUCGCGUGGUUUCUGCUCGCCAUCGAGGCGUCAGAGACCAAAUGGCGUCUCGCCAUUGACUUUCUGUUGCUGGGUCAAUUGCCAGAGGUGAAUCGCAGACGCAGACGCAGACUUCGAUUGCAGUAUUAGAUUUCAAAAUUACAAAUACUUUUAACCCAUGUAAAUGGCCUUGUUACAAAAUCAUCAAUAAAAUGUAAACAA